AUGUCCGCCAUGCCCGCCGAUACGGGCGGUCUGCCCUCGAUUCAGCCCGCGCACCUUGUCUGCGCGAAUAAGGCAUGCAAGAAGGCCAAGGAUGGCAGCGCAUCUGCCGCCAAGGCUGUCAUGGCCUGUGGUAGAUGUGAGCUCGUUGCUUACUGCUGCAUAGAGUGCAAGGAGAAAAAUGCCGAAGAGCACAAGAAGGAUUGCGAGUCCGACCUCCUCAAGGCAGACUGGAGGCCCGUCUGGAUCCGGCAGCAUCGAAUGCCCACCUUCUUGUCCGACGAGGGUCCCAAGAUGGAGUAUUUUGGCACCUUCAAAUACCUCUGGGGCAACAUCCCGGCCGUCGACAUUGUUAAGCUUCGAGAGAACGAAGGAGUCAGAUUCGAAAGAAAUCUCGACCUGCUCCUUCCCGCUUCCGGUGACCUGCGCAACGUCAUCAUGUCCAUUGGCAAGCUGCCGCAGGAGUACAAGCACGACGUCUCGGUCGUACUCAAUGACAAGGAGUUUGAUGUCGUUGCCCGCAACGUUAUUUUGCUGCUCAUUUUUGCCACCGUCCAGGACGCCGACACGGCCGCCGACUGCGUCCUUCACGUCUUUUACUCGGCAUUCUUGACCAAGUCCCACAUGGAUAUCCUCACCAUCAUGUUGCGGCCUCUUGUCCAGGACGUGUGCACCAAGACAGAGGGCAAAGACCAGGAAGCUCUGCUGGCAAAGACUUGGACACUCAAGGACGGCGUCCAGAUGCGUGUUGUGCUAUCGAGGCGCCAGUGGCUCCGCCUCCUCGCAAUGACCGAGGCGCCCAAGAAGAUCAAGAUCGGAAAGGCUAAGGCGACUCGUGACAAGGUCGUCAACGCCCGAGCCCGCGAGGACUACCGGGAUCGCCACAUGCUCUGCCAGAUUCCCCACAUGCGCAUAGGCUCGAAUAAGUUCUAUGCGGACGGCAUGCUCCUCCCAUUCGGAACACCUCGAGCCGACUUUACCAUGCCCAACCCGUAA